ACCUCCCCGCCUGGAGCUCACGGCUUCGGCUCUUCCUGACGUGGCGAUCCGCUAAAGGUCCGCCGGUUCCUCCGUGGGCCGCGGUGAUUGGGUGGACUAUCUUUUAGGCAAUAUUGACGGAAAAUGUAAAUACACAGGUGGUACCGGCAUGGGGGCGACAGUGUGGUUUAUGUAAAUAAAACAGAAGUGAAACCGUGUCAGUCUGCUCUGGUGUCCAGGCGCAAACGCGCUCAGACGCGAUGUUUGGCAGAUAGUUGGAGGAGUUUGGGGGUUUUAAUACGAGGUGACAGCCGCGCAGUCAUGCCUCAGCUCUCGGCCACCGCGGUGCUGCAGCUCGUGCUGCUGCUCACCGCCGUGCCCGCGCAGUACUUCAUCUCCCGCUGGAGCGGAUCCACGCCGGCGCAGCGCUACCACGCCAGCACACGGUUGCUCAGAGUCUGGAGAGACUGGAGAACAUCUUUCUUCAACGCCACAGCAUGGAUGGACUGGGCAGACCAGCAGAUAUCCAAAGUCAUGUCUCUGGUUGGCUUGGAGCAGAAAGUGUCACAAGACUUGCUGGGAGUAGAACACAUGCUGUUCGACAAUGAUGAGGAAUUCUUUGGAGCCUCGAAGACGGUGCGCAGCCCUCGCCCUCCGUACGUGUUUCUGCGGGUUGGAGAGGUGGUGAUGGAGAGGAAGGGCCACAUGGUCGGGGUGGUGGUGGGCUGGGACCCUGAGAUGCGAGCCCCUCCACAGUGGGUGGACAGAAUGUAUUCCAGCUCUGAGAGCCCCAAAGCAGAGAAGACACCUCAUUAUAAAGUCCUGUUCAGCGGGCCCGGCCCCACCUCUGUGAUGAUUGGAUACUUGCCUCAGACACAACUGGAGCGCAUCACUGGGAUGAGGCCGGACUUUCCCACCUUGGAGCAAUACUUCUCACAUUUUGAUGGCGAGCGUUUCGUCAUGCUGCCCUGGCUCAGAGAGCUCUACCCCGAGGACGGGAUGGAGGACGACUGACUGCUCGUCUGUGUGUGUGAUCAGAGAGGUGACAUGUAUGUUAGAAACACCAGAGGAAGCGUGGCUAUGGCUUCUGUGUGUGUUUCUGACUUUUCAAAGGUGUUUCAGAGACCUAUUUAUGUGGUCUUAAAUUCUACUUGUCUAAAAAAAAUCUACUGGAAUGUGUCAGUCAGUGUUGAAGUGAGCAGAUUUGAGCAGGAUGUGAGGAUGUCUUCUGCAGAUCUGGAGUAACUCUGGGAUUUACGAAAUGUUCUUUAUCUUUAUUUCUUUGAGAUGUACAAAUAUAAAGUGUUUUAAUUUAAUGUGCCAAAAAAUAGAGCAAAACAUUUAAUUUAAAGGGACAGUUCACUGCCAAAUCGAAAAUACACAUUUCUCUUUUUACCAGAGGGGUGUACCAUGAAGCAAGACUGGGUCAGUGAGGUAUGUUGAGCCUAAAGCCGCAGUUUUCUGUGUCAAAGUAGGCUCUCUAGAUCACCAUGGUGACUCCUGCUGCACGGCUAACCUCUCUGAGACAAGUUUAUGUUCAGAGUUUAGGCCUUGAAAUUGGCUAAUUAGUAACUUUCACUAAUCAGUUCCUUUGGAAAUAGCUUCACUUUAUGGUCAAUCUACGUCCAGCACAAAUUCUCAGCUGAGGGAAUACAAUAUAAAUACAUUUGAUCAAACCUUUUAAGCUGUAAUGUUACAUUAGUAAUGCUAUCAAAUGAAGCUGUUCAUUUACAGUAGCAUUUACUGUAUGUAUCACGUUACAGAUUUUUUUUUUUUUUUUAGCCACAGAAACCUGCUGUAAAUCAGUGAUGCAGAAAAUCAGAGCAAGAAUAUUGUUUAAUUUUAAUCUCAAGGUUGUCGUUGAUCUCACUGAACUACUGAAUGUUUCUGUAGUGUUCUCUGGUCCAUUUGCCCACAGUGGCUCUGAUGCCUCCAAUAGAAUCACAUGCAGCAUUACAGGCUACAUUAAUAGUUCAGUAUAAUAUUAAUGAUGACGUUUACUUGCAUAUGACAUUCAGUAUAAUUCCUUCAACGAGCUGCCAUGUUAGACGUAAAUGGAAGGAUAAAAUAAAUAUAUUCACUUGUGAAUUCACACGAUUAGUUAUUUAGUGCCAGCAUUCCUCUCACCUUAACUGAAGCCACAGUGUUGCUUUUUACUGUGUUUUUGAUAUUGUUAAAAGGCGGAGGUAGGCGGUAUGUGACCACUUUUUAGAGACAUUUGAGAAAGAAAGCCUAUGUAACAGAGCAGGGUGAUAACCACCUUUGUGGUACACAUUAUCUCUGACUGAGGUUUUGGGGUUUGACUAACCAGCUCACGCAAUGACAGCCUUGCUUUGUCAAACUUGCCUUGUGGUACACCCCUGUGUUGUGCUAUUUAUCACUCUAGAAAUUUUGGUGUGAAUUGCUGAGUGUUGGAGAUAUCAGCCGUAGAGAUGUCUGCCUUCUCUCCUGAAUAAUGGAACUAGAUGGCACUCAGCUUGUGGUGCUCAAAGGGCCAAUAAAAUACACUGGAAAAACUCAACAUCAGUGUCUUGUUACAGACGUCAUGACCUGGUUGCUCAAAAUAUCCACAGAACCUGUUGUGAGCAGUUUCAUGUAGGAACUAUUUUCUUUCUACUGAACGACACCUGCCAGCUGUAUCACAGCAAAUAAGGAAGCCUGCAUCUACUGCUAGAUCACCUAGCACCACUGAGCUGGCUAAUGUUACAGCUCAGCCGAGGAGGACGCCAUUAAUGUUUACUAGGGCUAGGGAAAAUGAUUCACUUUUAAGUAUUGCAAUUUUUCUUUCAACAAUUUCUAAAUACAUUUUUGAUGUCUGAAUCGAUGUCAUUCAAAUGCAGAGGUUAAAAGAAGUCGCCACUUUUACUGUGGUAGUCUAUGAGUAACACGACAUCAUGGGGUUUGCACCAGCUGGAACUGAGUUGCUACAGCAGCUGCUGAGUCUCUGGUGCUUUCAUGAAAACAUCUGUUUAUUUACCACUAUUCUAUACAGUAUAUGGUGCUGCUGAAAUAAGAGAAAGACUGACUGAUAUGAAAUGUGCAUUGUUUUUGCAAUUAUGCGUCAUGAUAUUUAGUCUCGAGAAGUGUAUGAUUUACCUUUUUCCCAUGGCCUAGUUGUAAACAAAAAUCAUGAUAAAUCGUAAUCUCAAAUCGCAGUACUUCAGAUAUGUAUUGAAUAUUGUAACUUAAGUAUUGCGAUAGUAUUGAAUUGGGAAAUGAGGAUAUUGUCCCAACCUGGUGUCCCAACGCUUCCUCCUGCACAGUGAUACAGUUGGUGGGUGUAGUUUGGUAGAAAGAAAAUAGCUCCUACAUGA